AUGGUGCUUCCAACUGGAUACUGUGGACAGCCCAAGAAAGGACAUCUUAUCUUUGAUGCUUGCUUUGAAAGUGGUAACCUUGGACGGGUGGACCAGGUGUCUGAGUUUGAGUAUGAUUUAUUCAUUAGGCCGGAUACCUGUAAUCCACGCUUCCGAGUCUGGUUCAACUUUACUGUUGAGAACGUGAAAGAAUCACAGGUGAGAGAAAUAGUGGAUACCUUCAUUGUGGUUUUGAGAGUCAUUUUCAACAUUGUUAACUUCAGCAAAACUAAAAGUCUUUAUAGAGAUGGGAUGGCCCCUAUGGUGAAAUCUACCAGCAGACCAAAAUGGCAAAGACUGCCACCUAAAAAUGUUUACUACUACCGCUGCCCGGACCAUAGGAAGAAUUACGUGAUGUCCUUUGCAUUUUGUUUUGACCGAGAAGAAGAUAUUUACCAGUUUGCUUACUGCUACCCAUAUACGUACACUCGCUUUCAGCAUUACCUUGACAGCCUGCAAAAGAGAAACAUGGAUUACUUCUUCCGGGAGCAGCUGGGUCAGAGUGUGCAACAGCGGCACCUAGACCUCCUGACGAUAACCAGCCCUGACAACCUUUGGGAGGGGGCAGAGCAAAAGGUGGUAUUCAUCACAGGACGAAUCCACCCAGGGGAAACACCCUCUUCAUUUGUGUGUCAAGGGAUCAUUGACUUCCUCAUAAGCCAGCACCCUGUUGCUCGUGCCCUACGGGAACACCUGGUCUUCAAGAUUGCACCCAUGCUCAACCCUGAUGGCGUCUACCUGGGCAAUUACAGGUGCUCUCUGAUGGGGUUCGACCUCAACCGUCACUGGCUGGAUCCCUCUCCAUGGGCCCACCCCACCCUGCAUGGGGUGAAACAGCUCAUCAUUCAGAUGUACAACGACCCAAAAACAAGCCUGGAGUUUUAUAUUGACAUCCAUGCCCACUCCACCAUGAUGAAUGGCUUCAUGUAUGGCAACAUCUUUGAAGAUGAGGUGCGGUUCCAGAGGCAGGCCGUCUUCCCCAAGCUCCUCUGCCAGAAUGCCGAGGACUUCUCCUACUCCAGCACGUCCUUUAACCGAGAUGCCGUGAAAGCAGGAACUGGCCGUCGCUUCCUCGGUGGGCUGCUGGACCACACUUCGUAUUGCUACACCCUCGAGGUUUCCUUCUACAGCUACAUCAUCGGUGGCACCACGGCCGCUGUGCCCUACACAGAGGAAGCCUAUAUGAAGCUGGGGCGGAACGUGGCGAGAACGUUUUUGGAUUAUUACCGGCUGAACCCCAUGGUGGAGAAAGUGACGAUCCCCAUGCCAAGGCUGCGGAGAAAGCAUGUACACAUGCAAAGAUAG